UCUUGCUUUUUGGAGAAAAUUAUUUAACGAUAAUACUUAUUAUUGUUAUAAAUAAUGGAAAGUGAUGAUGAAACAAAUAAAAUGGAGUGUGAAAACCAAAGUGAAGAGUCGGAUAAUUCUGAUUAUAAACCACUGGGGAACUUAUUAAAUACUGAAAAUGAUGUGAAAAAGAAGAAAAAGAAACGAGGGAUUAUUUAUUUAUCAAAAAUACCGAAAGAUAUGAAUGUAACGAUGAUUAGAGAGACUUUUUCAAAAUUCGGUGAUGUAGGACGUGUUUAUCUCCAACUUGCUGCAGAUAAAAAAAAUUUGAAGAAAAAAAAACCAGGUAGGGAUUUUACUGAAGGCUGGGUUGAAUUUGAAAGCAAACGAGUAGCAAAAUAUGUUGCUGCAACUUUGAAUAAUAGUCAAGUAUCAACUAGAAAACGUAGUAAAAACUAUGAUGCCAUUUGGAAUAUCAAAUAUUUACCAAGAUUUAAAUGGGUUCAUUUAAGCGAACGUUUAGCAUACGAAAAAGCAGUUCACAAACAAAGACUGAAAACAGAAAUAGCUCAAGCAAAGAGAGAAAUAAAUUUUUACUCUUACAAUAUUGAUAGAAGUAAGAAGUUAGAGAAGAAACAGAAAGAAGGGCAAUCAUCGACAUUUAUUAUGCCUGAAGUGAAACAACGAGACACAGAUAAGGAAAUAAGAAUGAAGAAAAUGAAAAAUAAGGACAAAAAUGGAGUACACGAAACUGAUGACUCUAGUGAAAAUCGUAAAGAAUUUUUAAAAUCAAUAUUUAGUUGAUAAAAUGAUAAUUAAACCUCUAGAAUUUUUAUUUUUAAUAUAUUUAUAAUUUUGUUAAAUUAAUUAAGGAAUUAACGUUAAGAAAAAUAUA